GGGAGAGUACGGUGAGCGUGAGGCGGUGCGGGGCCGAGCGUGGUAAUGAGCGUGUGAUAGUGAUAAUGAACGUGAGAUAGUGGUAAUGAGUGUGUUAAUGAGUGUGGUAAUGAGUGUGGUAAUGAGUGUGGUAAUGAGUGUGGUAAUGAGCGUGUGAUAGUGAUAAUGAUCGUGAAAUAGUGAUAAUGAGUGUGUUAAUGAACGUGUGAUAGUGAUAAUGAACGUGAGAUAGUGAUAAUGAGUGUGUUAAUGAGUGUGGUAAUGAGCGUGUGAUAGUGAUAAUGAACGCGAGAUAGUGAUAAUGAGUGUGUUAAUGAGUGUGUUAAUGAGUGUGUUAAUGAGUGUGAGUGUGCGGGGCGACCGUGGUAAUGAGAGUGUGAUAGUGAUAAUGAGCGUGAGAUAGUGAUAAUGAGUGUGUUAAUGAGUGUGGUAAUGAGCGUGUGAUAGUGAUAAUGACUGUGAUAAUGAGUAUGGUAAUGAGUGUGAUAAUGAGUGUGAUGAGUGUGAGUAUUCGGGACCGAGUGUGGUGAUGACUGUUUGAUAAUGAGAGUGACAAUGAGCCUGAGUGUGAGACUGUGUGCAGGACCGAAUGCGAUUUUGAGUAUGUGAUAGUGAUAAUGAGUAUGAUAAUGAGUGUAAUAAUGAUAAUGAGUGCAAGUGUGCAGGAAUGAGUGUGACAAUGAGUGUGUGAUAGCGAUAAUGAGUGUGACAGUGAGUGUUAGUGACUGUGCAUGUGAUAGUGAGUGUGAGACAGUGUGUCAUAAUGAGUGUGAGUGUGAUAGUGGGUGAUAGUGUAUGAUAAUAAGUGUGUGACAGACUUUGAGUAUGAUAUAUUGUCCAUGUGAGUGUGAGCAUGUGUAGUACUGGGGGGGUGAGGUGCCCCUGUGUGUGUGUGUGUGGGAUGGGAUGUGUGUGAUGGGAUCUCUGUGUGUGUAUGUGUGUGAUGGGGUGUGUGGCCCCAGUGCAGCCUCUCCUGCAGUUUAACCUCUGGGUGCUGGGCAUGGGAGCUGAGAAUGUGUCUGUGACCCCUGGACCCAGAUCCAGCCUGGAUUAAUCAGCUGCUCACCACCUUGAGGGUUUAGUUGACACUCAUGUAAAUCCAAAGCAAAGCCUGGGAGAUGCUUGUUCCUUGUUUGGCAUGAGGAUAGUGGAACACAACCCCACGUGCCACAGAUCUCUCCAAGGACACAGCACUGCUCCCUCCUGGCUGCUGCACCUCCAUCACCCCCCCUGCAAGAUGUGUGUGUUUAUUCAGGGAUUCCUUUGAUCCUGGAGCAUCUUGGAGGGUGCUGGAUCACUUCAUGCUCUCUUAGAGGGAGGUAUCCUCUGGAAAUUCGCCUGCAGGAGGACUGACAAGCAGCAAUGACACUGGGUCCCUGUCCGGACACCCGGCACGGCACAAGGAGGCCGGACAUCGAGGUGCUGCCUCUCUUCUUGAUGCCAGCCACGCUCCUUGUCCUCCUCGUCCUCCUCAGCCCCGGCACCACCUCUGAGCCUGAGAUGUUGCCAUUCCCAGAGAUCCGCCUCACCAACGGGCCCAGCCGGUGCCAGGGCCGGGUGGAGAUCCUCUACAACGGCUCCUGGGGGACGGUCUGCGACGACGACUGGGACAUCGUGGAUGCCACCGUGGUGUGUCGCCAGCUGGGCUGUGGCCAUGCCAUCACCCUCCCAGCUGCCAUGACCUUCGGCCAGGGCAGUGGGCCCAUCUUCCUGGACAACGUGGACUGCAAGGGCUGGGAGGCAGCUCUGAGCGAGUGCUGGAGCCACGGCUGGGGCAUCCACAACUGCUACCACUACGAGGAUGUGGCUGUUGUGUGCAAUGAGUUCUCACCCACGCAAGUCAGCGAAGGACCGACCACCAGGACCCUCACAGCCUCAGUACAGGAUGGGGAAAGUGACGGCAGCAUCCGCCUGGUGAGCGGCCCCGACAGCUGCCAGGGCCGGGUGGAGAUCUUCUACCGCGGGAACUGGGGCACCGUGUGCGACGACGACUGGGGCCUGAGCGAUGCCAGCGUGGUCUGCAAGCAGCUGGGCUGUGGGCAAGCCCUGGAUUACAAGAGCAAUGCCUAUUUUGGCUAUGGAACGGGGCGUAUCCUCCUGGACAACGUCAACUGCGACGGCAGCGAGCCCUUCCUGUCCGCCUGCUACAGCCUGGGCUGGGGCAUCCAUAACUGCGGCCACCACGAGGAUGCUGGGGUCAUCUGCACAGGGCUGGACACAUCCACCAUCACAUCAUUCACCACCUCGGUGGCCCUGGGCUCUGAGGAGACGCUCACAGCCACAGCCACAGCAGUGACAGACAGCAGGGACCAGCCCUCCCAGGCCACCGAGGUGGUCACCACCACGCUCCUGACCAUCGAGCAGGAAAGUGGCGGCUUGCGGCUGGCGAACGGGAACGGGAGCUGCCGCGGGCGGGUGGAGGUGCGGCACCGCGGCACCUGGGGCACCGUCUGCGACGACGACUGGGACUUCCCCGACGCCCAGGUGGUUUGCCGGCAGCUGGGCUGCGGCACCGCCCUCGCCGCCACCGUGCUCGGCUCCUUCGGCUACGGCAGCGGGCCGGUGCUGCUGGAUAACGUGGGCUGCGGCGGCGGCGAGGCGCGCCUGGCCGACUGCUUCCACCUGGGCUGGGGGCAGCACAACUGCGGCCACCACGAGGACGCCGGGGUCAUUUGCCGAGGUGCUGAUGACACUGAAGACCAUUUCCAAGAAGCCACUGCUACAACCACCACGUUGGCCCCGACUCAUCCCAAGGAGGGGUCCCUGCGCCUGGUGAACGGCAGCCACCGGUGCGAGGGGCGCGUGGAGAUGUUCUACCUGUCCCAGUGGGGCACGGUGUGUGACGACGCCUGGGACCUGCGGGACGCCAAGGUGGCGUGCAGGCAGCUGGGCUGUGGCCACGCCCUGGCAGCCUGGGGCGAGGCACGCUACGGCCGAGGCAGCGGCUACAUCUUCCUCGACAACCUCAAGUGCAAGGGCCACGAGCCCUCGCUGCUGCGCUGCUCCCACAUCCGCUGGGACGUCCACAACUGCGACCACUCCGAGGAUGCCGGUGCUGUCUGUGACAUCCUAUGACCCUCCUGCAGCUCAGGUGGAAAGACCCAGCCUGCAGCACCAGUCACCUUCACCAGCAAGUGUUUGAUACCUACUGGGACACUGGGAAAAUGAUCUCCAGGCUCUCAUGGAUGGGGUUCAAGGAUGGGGAAGGGCUUGUGCAGUGGCACUGAGCUCACUCCUGUUUGUGCAAUUCUUUUGUUGAUAAGAGACUGUGCAUAUUCCUGGGAUGGUUUUUUUCGGUUUUCCCAUUUUUUUUCUUAUAUGCAUUUGGGUUUGUUUUUGUGAAUACAUAAAAGCCCUUUGAAAGU